UGCGUUCGGAUGCCACGGAUAGAGACGCUCCCUUCGGUAUGUACCGAUUCUGAGAAAGAACAGAAAGAUUUUCGUACAGGUAACGCGGGAGGAGAAUUCACGGAAACACGGAAACAUGUUCGAACUUUACGGAGUUAAUAAAGACGGUAUGGUUUAUCGGUCACCACCGCCGAGAAGAAAAGAAGUCGACAUACUCGAGACUUGCCUGCAGUUGUCAACACCGGAGUUAAUGAGAAAACUGCCUAACGGCGAUGCGCUGCAUCAUGCAAAGGACUCGGGUGUUUCCACUUCCUUGGAUAAAGAUAAAGAUUCACCGAGAGAACGCGGACAGAGCAUGCUGAGAAGGUGGAUAGUGAUGGCAGGUUUCUUCUUCCUCGGAUGUGCCCUGGUCGCCGGUGUAGGCUUACCUUUAGCUUUGGAACUGCGAAGCUCACACUUGUUGGAGGCCAGGCUUCAAGUGGUGCGACGAAUGCUCUCCGAAACUCCUUUGGUCGACGGGCAUAACGAUUUCGCAUGGAAUCUUCGGAAGCAUCGAGGGGACAUGAAGUUGCAAGACUUCCCGUUCGACGAGAAUUUGUCACGCAACGGAAGCUGGGGCCCUCAGUGGCAAACGGAUUUGGUGCGACUGCGCGAAGGCAUUGUCGGCGGGCAAUUCUGGUCCGUGUACGUACCGUGCGAGGCGCAAUUUCUCGACGCUGUUCAACUCACGUUGGAGCAAAUCGAUGCGGUACGUAGAUUGGCGUCCAAGUAUCCAAGACGAAUGAGACUGGUGACCAGUAGCAAAGAGUUGGAGAAGGCGCACAAGGACGGUGUGAUGGGAAGUUUAGUAGGAAUCGAGGGUGGCCACAGUAUCGGCACCUCUAUGGCGGUACUGAGGAGCUUCCAGCGGCUCGGGGCGAGGUAUAUGACUUUGACACACAAAUGCAACACUCCGUGGGCAGACUCGUGUACAGUCGAAGACCCGAAUUCUAUAGCAUCGAUGGACUUUCAUAGCAACGGGCUUUCGACGUUCGGCAAAGCGGUCGUCAAGGAGCUGAAUCGUUUAGGGAUGCUGGUGGAUCUAUCCCACGUCUCGAUCAGAACUAUGAGGGAUGCUCUGAUGAUAACAAAAGCGCCGGUAAUAUUUUCUCACAGCGCAGCCAAGGCUCUCUGUAAUUCAUCCAGCAACGUUCCGGACGAUGUGCUUCGUAAUUUGUCGGUGAACGGUGGUCUGGUUAUGGUCAGUUUCGACAGCGCGCAUUUAAGCUGCAGCGACAAGGCAUCCAUGUACGAUGUGAUAGCUCAUAUCAACCAUAUCCGGCGAAUAGCUGGUGUAAACCAUGUGGGUCUUGGAGCCGGUUACGACGGUAUAUUAAGUCCGCCGGUUGAACUUCCCGACGUUUCUGGUUACCCUCUAUUGCUGGCCGAAUUGACUCGGGAUCGAAGGUGGUCGGCUUCGGACAUUAAGAAAUUGGUCGGUGGAAAUCUGUUGAGAGUAUUGAAGGAAGCGGAAAGCUACGCUGGUGCUGUGUCGCAUCAAUCUCCGGUUGAGGAAUUGAUUCCCCAGGAUCUGAUCAAGGAUUCUGCCUAUUGCAGAUACCACGUGGACGACGCGUAAAAGGAAUGAACGUUCGGGGCUAUAGACAAGCGUUUUUAUACUGGUAAUACGCUCGAACCGCGUACCUUGUACCGUUUCGUCUUUGU